AUGAAGUUCACCACUAUCGCUACGUCUCCGCUGUUGCUUGGCUCAGCUUCACUCGUCACCGCCGUGUCUCCUUCUGUACCACUGGAUCAGGCUAUUCCCCGAGGCAUCUCCAGCAUCAACCUUCAAGACACAGACGUCGAUCAGAAGAAGGACGGUCGUCUUUGUUUCACCCUUGGUACUUUCGACUCUCAUUUCGGCGAGUUUGAUGUAUCUCUGGUCGAUGAAUCUGUCGACGGGCAUCUAGCCAAUGGCUUCUGCUACAAUCAUGCUACCAAAGUCGUCCAAGACAGCCAAGGGAAUAAUUGUGUCUUCGACGAUACAGUCAGCAACCUCCGUUGCUCUGCCGAAUCUUCUGAGACCAAAUUUGACCUGACCAUUCGCCAACCACCAGCCGUCGAUUACUCCAAAACAUCGGCACGCCCUGAAAUGACGCCGUGUACCUCUCUGUUGAGAACCGUAUGCUUGGAAAAGGUGAAAGCCCAGUGCGCUUGGUGCUCUCAUCACACUACGGAUCCUGAGUGUCACAAAGCUACCUUCUGUCCAUGGCGUUUGAGUCCCAAAUACGGCCUCUCCAGCUCGCCCUCGCCCUCUUCCACUCCGGUAUACGACGGAAGCCGGUGCACAGGAGGCAAGCCUUUCCUCCCUGCUUGGCACCAGUAUUUGAGAUGGUGUCGAGAUCACCCCGAGUCGAUCAGAUGCCCCUAUCUACCGUGGACUUUGAAUCCAAAGACAAUUCAUUCAGACAACGCAUUCAACGAUGCCAUUGGCUUCAUCUGGUGUAAUCUCCUUGGUCGGUGUCAACAUUCCGAUAUUUCCGCAAUAACGCCACCAAAGACCGUCCAAGUAAUUCAAAACGCCCUGGAACACGUCUGCACGAGGUAUCCGCCCACGUGUCCCUUCAUACCUCCUUCCAUGGAGGUCGUCUUAUCUUCGAUGGAAGUCAUUGCCGACGUCUCAAGGCUAGCCACAGCUUUCUUCACCGGCCAUGGUCUUGAGGACUACAGUCGCCCAGCCUUGCCAAAAUCUCCCGAGACCAGCCACGGCGCCCCCGCUCGCAUAGGGCAUUCAGACAGUCAAGGCAGUCUUAGUGUUGUCGACAAUGCCCUCCGUUCAGCUACUCUGGAGUUCAUCUGCGAGGAGCUCUGCAGCCCCUUGUGCGAUCACAUUCCCUCAGUUAUGAGAAUCGUUGAUUCAAUAUUGAAGGGCAAUGCGGACCUACAGGAACUUACCAAUGCAUUCCAGUAUUACCUUGCCAGAAUCACCCCAGCUGAUGUCCAGACCCUGACAGAAGGAGCUGAGGAUAUCUACGACAUCUUCGUCGCCACGCCUUCAAAACUGGAGGAUCUGAUUGACGCUGUCAAAACCGACUUGGGAACGCUCGGCCUUGACGGCACUUGGAGACUGCUCCGAGCUGGUCUAUCCAUUUACUUCCGUCUCUCCCCGUCGGACGAACACAAUCUGCUUCGAACACUUGGAGACAUCAUUACCCGUUUUGAUGCAUCCGGUGCUUCGAGCUAG